AUAAGAUAAGACGAGUGGAGUGAUACGAGAGGUCGGUGGGUCAUAAAAAUGUAUUUUUACAGUAGAUUUUAGACGCUCGUCAUGGUUUUUGCUCUUUAUCUAAAUAAGUUAUUAAAUAUGGCUUAGAUCCAAUGCAUGUUCACAAACAUUGCCACAGAGCAAAUUCCAUGUCAAAUCAAAAUUAAUAUAAUUUAAUGAAGGAUGUGGAAUAUAAUAGUGCAUGUUGGCAAGGGCUGUAGUUUUUAGAUAUUUGAGGGUCACUUGUAAGAAUGUAAGUUACAGGAUACAUGUGAGAAACUUCAUACUUUUAAGUAGUAGAGGAAAGAAAUGCAGUACAGAGUCCAGUCUCUGCUCAGACUUGGCCACGACACAGCAGUUGCGACACCUAGCAAGUAGGAACAAGAAGAUUCGAAUUAGGAUACCUCCUCUCAAUUCAGAUGCACAGGAAAAAUCAAAGCCAAUGAGUGAUUAUCAGGCAAGUUUGACUCAUGUGAGCUAUGGAGGACAGUUUGAAGUCUCUUCAAAUGAAAAUAUUAACAAUGACUGUCCGCUAUAUGAGUCCGGAUCUUCAAAUAGUUCCGGUGUAAAGCCCUCAACCACAACACCUCCAGAUUUUCGGAUAUGGGAAGAAGUAGGUUCUAGAAGUGAUUCUAACACAGGAUCCUCAUUUAAGUUCAAAGUAGUUUCAUACAAUGUAUUAGCACAGUGCUUGUUGGAGUACCACCCUUAUCUUUAUACAGGAUGCCACCCACACAAUUUGAAGUGGAAAGUUAGAGCUCCUAGACUAUUUGACGAGAUUGUUAAAUUAUCUCCUGAUAUAAUAUGUCUACAAGAAGUACAGGCAACACAUCUGGGGAGUUUCUAUGCAAAAUUCGAGAAGAUCGGGUACACCGGCAUUUUCAAACAGAAGACGGGUCACAGAGAGGAUGGGUGUGCCAUCUACUAUAAGCAGGAUCUUUUCGAAAAAUCAGAUCAAUGUAGUGUGGAAUAUUACCAGCCAGGGUUGUCAAUACUGAAUCGUGACAACAUCGGCAUGAUGGUGAAGCUGGUUCCUAGAUGUAUGCCGUUUCUGCCCAUCGUGGUGGCCACCACGCAUCUGCUGUACAACCCUAAGCGAACUGACGUCCGAUUGGCUCAACUGCAGGUUUUGCUCGCUGAGUUAGACAGAUUCGCCUAUAAUGGGAGAGAGUCGGGUCACCUACCAAUUAUUUUAACUGGAGAUCUUAAUUCGACGCCAGAAAGUGCGGUGAUACAGCUGUUAGACAGGGGAUAUGUGAGCGCCAGUGCAUUCCGAGACAGUUCAGAUUGGAAGCGCAUCGGCGUGACAGACAAUUGUCAGCAUCUGUCAGUAGUACUGGACCGGCUGCAGGGCAAACCCAGCGACUUCAGCGAUGUCAAGAUAUACAACUCUGAAUACAGUAAAGACGUGCCGGGCCACGUGCCCAGUCCCUCAGAAUACGGUGUGAUGUUCAACAGUGGCGCCAUCGGCCACUCGCUGAAACUGGUGUCCGCUUACGACCGCUGCAAACUUGAUGGCAGGCAGGAGGCCUCCACCUUCCAGGACAGAUGGGUCACCGUCGACUACGUGUAUUAUAGUUACUGUAACAACUUGAACUUGCUCGAGCGCCUUCGGCUGCCGACAACGGACGAAUGCGAAACACUCGGCUGUCUGCCGAACGAGAAAUAUGCAUCUGACCAUCUCGCUCUAGCAGCGCUCUUCGAGCUCAAACCCACGCUCAACCACUUAUAGCACUUAUCCUACCUUUGGUAUUAUAAUUACCGGUGAUUGGUCGUGUAAAUACACGGUCCUGGGUGAGCGACUGUACUGAACUGACCGUUUGCGGCGAAUACAUAAGCCACAUGUAAAUACUGUACGACUUAGAGGUGUUUUGUCGUUUAAUUAGGACACUGGGUUAUCUGGGUGAAGUCUAUUUCAUCUUAUAUGUUUUGUCCCUGACUUUACAAUAUUUGACAUUGAAAGAAAAAACCAUAUUUUAAUAUGUAAUAGAUUCAUCGUGUGGUUGAAUUAUUUUAUGAACAAGAGGGUUAAAAGCUAAAUUGAAAGGAUAGGAAGCCAAUUUAUGCAAAUUUAUCUCGUUAUUAUUGCCUCUCUUUGUGGCGAAACUAUGAAUCCCAAUGUUAAACGUUUGAAGUAAUUUAUGUAAAUAAAAAAAAAAUGCCUUGUUUUAAAAUAAACGUCACAAUAAUCAGAUGAUUAUUUUUAAAUAAUAAAACGUACAUUGCUAAUAUCCGAAUAAUGUUGGUAUAGCUAAAUGAUCGCACUGUGUGUGGGGUCCGCACCCAGCCAACGAAUAGUAUUCAGCACAUAUACUUGUCUCUUUCCGUUGUAGGAUUUAACAGUAUAAAUAAAAAAAGAGAUCUUAGAAAGUCAUUCGUGGCUAUAGGUUGGGUCCACGCCCUACGAUGGUCAACGAAAGAAAUAACACGAACCACUACCACAACUUCGAACAAAAGCAAAUUUUUAAUGUGUAUAAUGCAGUAUAGCGCGUCUUGGACGAUUUAAAUUAUACUCUCAAAUUGGGAAUAUUGCGCAAAGAGUUUAUCUUUCUCGUAUGAGCGAAAUGGAAGAUGACGAUGUCUAUAGUACUUUCUAUCUACGCGACAACGACUACAUCGAGUGCUGCACUCUAUUGUUUUAACAUCUAUUUGUAGAAUAUGUUUUGAUUGUGUUUUGUUAAUAUUUUUACAGAUUAUUUAAUCUAUGAGUCGAUGGGUAUUUCACAAUUUAAUAAGUAAAUUUGUUACCAAUUUUAAGAAGAAUAAGCAUUGAUUGGUUUUUGGUAUUUUUUAUUUAUAAGUUAACAAGGUGAAUGUUGACCUAAUGUGUUUUCUGGCUUAUUUGAAGUAUUAAAUGUGGUUUUUCUGUUGCUCAAUGCUAAACAAAAUAGUACAAAUUAAGAUAUGGUUAUACAGGUUAUUACGCACUAAAUUUAACAUGUUGUAAUAUGAAAACUUGAUUACAGAAUUUAAAAAAAAAAUCUAUACACUACUUUUUAUAGCCCUUCAGAAGUUACAUAGUAUAUUCAUCAUUAAGCUUAUUAUUAUGAAUAUACAUAAUUGUAAAGCAUUCUAAUAAUAUUUGACAAGUAUAAUACUUUAUCACAUUCUAAACGCGUAUUGUCUUAUUUUUCUAUGUAUAUUUUAUUCAUGAUUUUUAUAUUUUAUUGUUAUUAUAUUAGAAUGUUACACGCUGUCAAGUUUCGUUUGUUUAUUGUUCGAAACAGUGGAUAUCUGUAUGAGUUUGGUACGGAUACAUUAUCACGUCUUUCAUCAUUGUCGGGUUAGACAGAGUCAAAACUCGAAACUCAUGUUAGCCCUUUUAUUUAGAUAGACUUUUCCUUUGAUUUAAUUUUGUAAUCUGCGCAGAAGCAGUUGGUUAGUCCGCAUGCAAUUAGAUACUUUAAAUAUUCUUGUUAUAAUACAUUUUGUGCUAAAUUAUGGCUACUAAUAGUUGCAAUUGACAAGAUCGGGAACGCCCUCUUCGUAGGGAUUGCUUCUAAAGUUUCAUUGCUAGAAAGAGACAGAGAUACACUACAAAUUCCGUGGUUAAUGAGCCACAGACUGGAAUUCUGCUGCUAGGCGGCUGUAUUAAAAAACAAUUUAUUUUAUUAUUCUUCAUCUCUUAUCGAUAAUUUAUUGUACUUGUUUGUAUAUUAGUUUCAUUCAGUUUUAUGAUGCAAUUAAUACUAUAUAGUGGAUUUGUGUCAGAAGGAUCCUUAUCUAUUUCACACAUUAGGUUAGUAGCUGAGACGGGCAUACUCCGUCGCGGGUGUAGACAAAGAAAACUAUAAACAUCUAUAUAGAAAUACACGCAAAGAAACGGUACAGAGCACUAACAUCUGUUCCUCAUUGCGUGCUCGGUUUUUCAACGCAUAUCUUGCCGGUUUGUAUAAGAUUGUCGGAAAGUUGAAUGGAAAAGUUCUAUCUCACUUUGUUACGCUACCUUGUUGUCUUUAGUUCUCUUUGUCUAUGGUCGCGGGUGCCCAGUACAGUGGCCACAGUGCCCUCUUGUUAUGUCAAGAUUAUAAAUAUCAAAAUCAUAUGUCUAAUAAUAUAUCUUCCGUCUGAAUUUAACGAAAUAAUAUAUUAGUAUUAGUACAUUAUUUAUAAUGUUGUAAAAUAAGGCGAAAAUUCGCAUGCAAGUAGCUGGCGCGAUGGUAUACAUUUGUAAGCAAAAUUAGCAAGCGAUCCCCCACUUUAUUGGCUGUUUUGUUGCUCCCGCGUCCCUUCCUCAUCCAAUCAAAUUGCCAGUUGUUUUGUACACGCAAGCCCUAGAACUGGGUUCACAGCUCCGAAUGUAAUCGGGAACACGCGAGGAGAGAGAAUUGGUUUUAUAUUUCUUUCGGUUUUCGGAGCACCGCGCACCGUAGUGCCGCCACUAAGUAGAUUUAUAAACAUAAAUAAAUAAAUUACUGUAAAUAUAAGGUGAAACACUUGCGGUCUAGAUCAUUGAUAAUUCUGUAUAUUUGUAAUGCCGUGUAUAAGGACCGCCGUGAGGACACCGCUUGUUUAUAUUUUAUGCAUAUAAAGGUAAUAAAAGAAAAUUAAAAGUUA